AUGCCUAAGCUGCAGCCCUUCACGACGGCGGCGAGCAUGCUCCGCCAGCGUCUCUCCGGGUCGCUCCGCACGCGCGGAGGCGGCGGCGCGUCGGGAUGGACGACACCAGGGCACGAGGAGCGGCCCAAGGGUUACCUGUUCAACCGGACCCCGCCGCCGCCGGGACAGUCGCGCAAGUGGGAGGACUGGGAGCUCCCUUGCUACCUCACCAGCUUCCUCACCAUCGUCAUCCUCGGCGUCGGGCUCAACGCCAAGCCCGAUCUCACCAUCGAGACCUGGGCGCACCAGAAGGCCCUCGAGCGCCUCGAGAUGGAGAAAUUGGCCUCCGCGGAUUCCGAUUGA